CACAGGACUGAGCUGUACGUGGAUCCCCCCUCAGCAUGCUGGCCUAUUGUGUAUUCUCCAGACUACAACAUCACUUUCGUGGGACUUGAGAAGCUGCAUCCAUUUGAUGCAGGGAAAUGGGGAAAAGUAAUCAAUUUCUUGAAAGAAGAAAAACUAAUUGCAGAUGACUUGAUUGUACAGGCACGGGAAGCUACUGAUGAAGAUCUCUUGGUUGUUCACACAAGGCGCUACCUUAAUAAGUUAAAGUGGUCAUUUGUUGUGGCUACGAUCACAGAAAUCCCACCAGUUGCCUUUCUUCCCAAUUUCCUUGUUCAGAGGAAAGUUUUGAAACCUCUACGAACCCAGACAGGAGGAACAAUAAUGGCAGGAAAACUUGCUGUGGACAGAGGCUGGGCAAUCAAUGUGGGAGGUGGUUUUCAUCACUGUUCAAGUGACAAAGGUGGAGGAUUUUGUGCAUAUGCUGAUAUCACUCUGGCUAUAAAGUUCUUAUUUGAAAGAGUGCCAGGGGUGUCUAAAGCCACAAUUAUUGAUCUGGAUGCUCAUCAGGGAAAUGGCCAUGAGAGGGACUUUAUGGAUGAUCAUAGGGUGUACAUUAUGGAUGCAUACAACAGACACAUUUACCCAGGGGAUGGAUUUGCUAAACGUGCCAUAAAACGCAAGGUGGAAUUAGAGUGGGGUACAGAGGACACAGAGUAUCUUCAGAAGGUACAUACUCACGUGGAAGGAGCUUUAAAUGAAUUAAAACCUGACAUCAUUGUUUAUAAUGCUGGGACAGACAUUCUGGAUGGCGACCCCUUGGGAGGACUUGCUAUUUCUCCUCAGGGGAUUGUGAAGAGAGAUGAAGUGGUGUUCAAGGCUGCCAGGAGCCGCAGGAUCCCCAUCCUGAUGGUGACAUCUGGAGGCUACCAGAAGAGGACAGCGCGGAUUAUUGCCGAUUCCAUCCUCAACCUGCACAACCUGGGCCUUAUUGACAAGGAGCUGGCAACCAGUGGAGCUGGAAAUCCCAAGGUGGAACAGAUGAUUAGAGACUCUGCUAAAGACUUAUGCAACUUGUCACUGCAAUGACGAGUUCCUGAAUUUUAGGAGCCAACUUAGUGGUUUAGGAGCAGGAAGUCUCCACGUCGUGGUCAGGGUUAAUAAACAUUUUUUAAAAGGACUCAACUCCUCUG